ACUGGCAGGUGAGAAAUAUAGACAAUUAACAUUAAGGCACGGAGCUGAUUAACUGACGUGUGUCCAUUUCUCCAGAUAUUUCAUACAAUAUCUUGUUUAUUUAUUCAUUUAAAGCUGUUUGUGAAAUAUGUAUGUAUUCAUAAUUAUUAAUACUAUGCCCACUUAACUCAGGGAACCUGACAAGCAGUUUAUUUUUCUUUAACCAGCACAGCAGGUAGUCCAGGGAUUUCAUUUAUGACAGGCUGUGAGCAAAGGUUUACCUGAAUGAACUCAUGGACCCACUGCUCUUCAGAAAUGACAAACAUAAGACAGUGUCAGAGACUAAGGAUUUGAUUGAUUUACCAGCUGAUGACCUGAGAACCUCUGACUGAGAAGCCGAGAGCUGGAGGGAAAUGGAAUCGAGUGAGGCCAGUGUUCAAUACGACCGCUGGAAUGAAGACAACAUGAACAUGCAAGAGCCGCAUUCACAGUCCAGACUGAUUGGUCUCUAUAACAGACUGUGCACUGGGCGACUGGGCAUUGUGAUGAAAGUGGGGGCAUCUUUGACCAUGAUGGUAGUUAUAUACACUGUUGGAUACAUCACAGGAUACUACGUUCAUCGAUGCUGACAAGGAUACUAUUUGAACGAACUGGCUGUUAUUUGAAACAUUAUGGCCAUCAAAGAAACACCU